GUGGAGGAGGCACCAAGCGUGACCCCCCCGGCCCCCCAAAACCCGGAGGAGGAUGAGGACCAAUGGGAAGACGUCAGCGAGGAGGAGGAGGAGGAGGAAGAUGAAGGCUCAGCAUCAUCAAGCGAGGAUGAAGCCCCCCCCCAAAUUUCG